AUGGGAAAGAACAGCAAUACCCCAGAAGAGUUCUCAACAAUAGACCUUGAUAACAAUGACACCGUAAAUGAUAUCGACAUGGCACAGGAGUUCUCGAGUGUGCGGCUGUCAGAGGAUAACGAUAUUGCCGACAACACCAAUGACCAAGUCCAUUCCUCUGGUGCUAUUUCACACGACGCCAUCUCGCAUCAUCCAAACGAAUUAUCAAUGUCGAGUGCCAACGAUCGCACCGCUAGCAUGACAGCAGACCAUUUGCUUGAUGAGUUAUCAGAUGCAACAACGACACAGCACAGGAGUGCACCGGGUACAUUUCCGUUAGAGAUAUCGCGUUCAACAUCCAGCAAAACAUCCAACGCGUCUAUUGGCAAUGGGGCACCAUCAUCACCGGCUGUUCCAGAAAAAGAAUGGAGUGGUACUGACAACAGCCGAAUGACUUAUCAAUACGACCAAUUCUUUGAAGAAGUAUCAUUGGAUUUGCCUAGAGAUACUCAACAGCCCUUUGCUGCUACUCCUGCCAACACAACCGCUUCCAUGACAACCACAAGUCCGACAGCAUCCAAAUUGCUGAAAUUCAUGCCACGACGCCCUACUGCAGAUCAAAAACCUCCCAACUUGUCUAUCACUACAGCUGAUGUCUCCGGUCCUUUUUAUUCUAUUUCCGAUGUCCUUAGUGAUAGCCCCAACACCAAUGCCACAGCAGCAGCAGCAGCCGCGGCAGCAGCAGUAGCAGCAACUUCAUCAUCGUCUACCAACAACAAGGAUGAUCCAGCAUCACAGCAACGAGGAGCUCGUCGCAAUGUAUAUGAAAGGGAUGUUAUCGUCACUUCAGGAGGAUCAUCAGCGAGAGCCAUAAAACGACGUUCUAGUUUGAAUCCAUUCUCACGAAAAACUACACAGCAAAAGCCAUCCCCAUUGGAGACCGUGGUAUCCAAAACAAGGCCAAGGAUGCUCCCUCCAAAGAAUCCAAAUGAAGAAAAGAAGCAUCUUCAACAACAUCAGGCAAUGAUGAAGAAGGCACGCAAAUUAGAGGCCAAGAAGGAGAAGGAAGUGACUCGUCGUAAAGAGGAAAAGGACAAGAUGAUGGCCCAAGCAAUUCAUGUAUGGGAAAGUGACAUCAUCACCAAUUGGAGUUCAAGGAUAAACGACGCCAAAACUCGUGAAUUAUGGUUACAAGGUGUACCUCCUCGGUGUCGUAAGCGGGUUUGGAUCCUUGCUAUUGGUAAUGAUCUUAAGAUUGCAAAAGACAUGUUUACAAACUAUACAAAGCGACUACCACAUCCAGCAAAUGGUACGGAGAAAUCGGCAACGAAUGAGUUGAUGACACAACGCCAAGAGGGGGAAUGGCCGUCUGAAGCACCCAAUGACAACAAUGCAGUCCCUGAUGAGUUAUAUAAUAUCCGACGAGUGAGGAGAACGAGCAGCUUGAAUGUUCUUCACGAGGAGCCUUCAGAAAAGAUCGAUUAUCCUGAAAGUAUUCAUGAGCAAUCUGGGAGGACUUCAAUGCAGCAUUCUUCAGAUGAUUUAUCUCGAGAAGAAAAUGAUCAUCCUCGUUCCAAUCGUGCCAGCAGAAGCGCCGUAGAGCUACAUGAUCAACAUGCCAUUACUUCUGAUGAUGGAGAAGAUGUGCGGAUCAGCGAUGAUAUCGAUGACAGUGAUACGGACAACAGGACCAGUAGCGAAUACUCAGCUGAUGUCCCUUUGGAUAAUACCGGCAUUAGUGCGUACUUGGUUCAAGCAAUCGAUGAAGAUAUUGUUCGCACAUUACCAAGCCUUUGUGUGUUUCAGCCUGAUGGACCAUUGUUCAACUCCCUUCGAAAGAUACUCAAUGCUUAUGUACGAAGCCAAGAUGAGCCAUCUUAUUCACGAGGCACAUCUUUCCUUGCAGGCAUGCUAUUGUUGAAUAUGAACAGCCAAGAGACAUUUAUUGCUUUAUGCAACCUGAUACACAAGAGUGAUGUCCUUUCUGCUCUAUACAACUCUGAUGAGCAACGUGUACGUGGAUACUUCAAGAUCUUCAACAUUGUUUUUGCCGAGAACCUGCCAAAGCUUUAUCUCCAUUUCAAGAACUUGUCCCUGACACCUGAGCACUAUUUGCCAGAUUGGUUCAUGACUAUCUUUUCGUCGAUUCUUCCACUUGAUCUUUCCUCAAGGCUAUGGGACAUUUUCCUUUUGGAAGGCGACAUUAUAUUAUUCAAGACUGGUCUUGCCGUACUCAAAUAUCUGGAACCGCUUCUUUGGGGUGGUAGUUUUGGCGAGACUGUAAAGACAUUGAAUAUGGGAUUUAUCGGCGAAGAGCGUGGCCAAGAAGUUAAAGCCGCUGUGGCUGUCACAGGACACAUUAUGGAAGGUGAACACGAUGCAUUUUUCAACGAGGUGCUUGGAAGAAACGGCCUUCGACUGGAUAGGUUCAAGUUUAAGGAAUUGGUGGCCGCACAUGUGUUGACACGGUGA